AUGAAUUUGACAUUUCCAGUCAUCUUCUCCUCUCUUUUCCUCAGUACCUCUGCCAUCUGCUGUCUAUUUAACCCCCAACCUUCUGGUUGCCCGUUCACGUGUAAGAAGGUUAAGACUAAUUGCAAAUGUUGCUAUGGUCCCGAACUAAGCACAUCUAGAAAUCAAUGCAAGAAUGACUACCGUGAUUGGUGUCUUAGCUAUGAAGAUCCACCAGGAGUAACGGGAGCAUGUCACGUGAAUUCAACUAAUGGUCGUGAAGAUGGCGUUUGGGUUUCUUCGAGCUGCGUCCUCGCCAACUGUUCUGCCCAUACGCACCAUUCCACAGCUAUUCUAAAGCUCUCAUGCUCAGGUGUUUUUCAUAAAUCUUUGCGGUUUUCUGCUGAAGGGCAAUAUGCUAUCAGAGGUAUUCUUUUAGAUGCUCUAAAACUGGUUCAUGUGCAUUCAUCAGGGAUCUAA